CACGCUUGCGAUAGCCAGAGGCCGGCGGGAGGGAUUAGGGGCAGUGUAGGGUCAGGCGUGUGGUGAUGAUAAGAACCACACUGAAGCAAUAUGGAGAAUUUGGCCAUGCGAAUUUUCGCUCAUGUGCCUGACUGGGUCUCCCAGGGAAUAACAGCCAUCUAUUUCAAGGUUCAGAAGAUUUCCGCGUUGGGUUUUCGCCGUCAGUUUCACAGUCAGCCAAGGACCGUCAGUCAGACAGACAUGCGGGUGCGCAUCAUACCAGCGCUGCAGGACAACUACAUGUACCUGCUGGUGGACGAGAAGACCAAGCAGGCGGCAGUCGUGGAUCCGGUAGAGCCGGAUUCGGUGCGCUCGGCUGUCAAGGAGGAGGGCGUUCAGCUGACUACCGUGCUCACCACACACCACCACUGGGACCACGCCGGCGGCAAUGAGAAGCUGGCCUCGCACGAGGCCGGGCUGGCCGUGCUGGGCGGCGACGACAGGAUCGGCGCCCUCACUCGCCGCGUCGGUCACGGAGACAAACUCACCGUCGGCAGUCUCAAGAUCGAGUGCCUGUUCACGCCGUGCCACACCAGCGGCCAUAUCUGCUUCUUCGUCAAGGGCGACGACGGACAGCCUCCUGCCGUCUUCACAGGGGACACGCUGUUCCAGGGGGGUUGCGGUCGCUUUUUCGAGGGCACCGCCGACCAGAUGUACGCGGCUCUGGUGGAGACGCUCGGCAGCCUGCCCGGAGAGACGCAAGUGUUCUGCGGUCAUGAGUACACCCUGCAGAACCUGAAGUUCGCGCAACACGUGGAGCCUAAUAACGAGGACAUCAAAAGCCGAGUGGACUGGGCGCGAUCCCAGCGGGAGAAGGAAGAACCCACAGUGCCGUCCACGAUCGCGCUGGAGAAGCUGAUCAACCCGUUCUGUCGUGUGCACGAGGCGUCGGUGCAGGCACACGCCGGCACCUCGGAGCCUGUGCCGACCAUGGCCGCGCUGCGCCGCGAGAAGGACGACUUCAAGCCCAAGAAGUGAGUCCGACGGCUCUGCUCGGGCGGCGCUCAGA